AUGGCACUUCCGGCGGGCUGGCUGAUCAAGAUUGCGGGACUCCGCUUCCGAACUUCUUCUAAGUCGGAUAGUUUGAAUAACUUCCGAGGGAGUAUAUUCUCCGACGCAUGGUCGCACAUGUACGACAUACCAAGAAUCCAAGACGAUAAGAACGCGGUUGGUAGUCGUACGAUUCCCUUCAACUCGUGCUAUAAAUGCUAUCGUGCAGAAAAACAUGUCGCAGAUAUUUCACAUAAAGUAUCGGACUUUGAGCUUAAUAUGCUUUAA